AUGGACGAUCCGACCGGCCCCACCAUCUACCGGGUCUCCGGCCAGCCUCCGUUCCCGGACCCGAACUGCCCCGGGCUGCCCCCCGACAUUGUUCCCCGCCAAGUGACAUUGCGGGAUCGCCAGACCGUUGCGACUAUUGUGCCCUUUGUCUCGCGGCACCAGCUUCCCGCUUCCCUGCUGAUGUAUCUGUGCGACCAGCUGAACCGCGAGAUAGAGGGAGGCGAUACGUAUCCCAUGACGGAAGCCUUUACCGUGGACGGCUUCGCAGACUACUGGUUCCAGACCUUUGCCGCCGUCAUGCUUAUGGGCAAUAUUGACUGUGCGCAGGAUGUCCUGGACGGCAAGGACUGGGCCAAGGAGUGUCUCGGAAGCUUCUUCAUCAAGCCCAAUUAUCCUGGUCGCAGCAGCCAUAUCUGCAACGCCAGCUUCAUCACCACCGACGCAUCGCGUAACCGUGGCGUGGGACGACUCAUGGGUGAGGCGUACAUUGACUGGGCCCCGAGACUUGGCUACACGUACAGCGUCUUCAAUCUCGUCUACGAAACCAACGUCGCCUCGUGCCGUAUCUGGGACGCCCUUGGCUUCAAACGCAUCGGCCGCAUAAAAGCCUGCGGCAACCUGCGAAGCCAUCCAGACCGGCUCAUUGACGCCAUCAUAUACGGCCGGGACCUGGCUCCGGGAGAGAGCGAGGAACUCGUCAGCGAAGAGCGCUUCGACAAGAUACGGUUCUACCUCAAGUACGGCAAAUACCCCAACGGGGCCGACCGCGCCGAAAAGAGCAGGCUGCGCAGCGCGGCAACCCAUUACAAGCUCCUCGACGGCGACAAGCUCAUGCUCAAGGACAAGGAAGUCAUUUCCGACCCGGGACGGCAGUAUGAGAUUGCCAGAAACGUCCACGCCAUCCACCACGGAGGAAUCAACAAGACCACCGCCACCAUUGCAGAGAAGUUCCACUGGAGCCGCAUCAAGGAGACGGUCAGCGACGUCAUUCGCGCCUGCGGCGAGUGCAAGGAGCUGGGCAAGACGCCGAAUCCGGGCGGCAACAGGAGGAACGGGAGCGCCGGCACGCCCACCAGCUCGGCAACACCAUCCGGCGGCCUCGGCGGCAACGACGCCCAGCGCCGCCAGGCGCAGUCGCCCGUGCCGCAACAAGACGGCGACGUCGACGCAGCAGAGCCGCGCCGGCCUCGUGGACUCGCUGUCCCGGCCCGACCCGGCGUCGACCCAGGGCCCGACCGGCCUGCCUCCCACGAGGCGUACCAGCCCAUCGACCCCCAAAUCAUCAACCACCACGGCCAUCAGCAUGGCUCGUCGGCGCAUGACGACAUGCCCUUUGAUCAGUACCAUCCCCACGCCGACUUUCAGGCUCUCCUGAACGCGACCGAGGACGUGGGCCCGGAGCAGGAUUCCGACGCGGCGGCCGCAGAAGCUGCUGCCGCUGCAGCGGUCGACAGAGAUCUAGAAAUGUUGAUCGAGCACGAAGAUGUGGACUGUAAUGAGGGCGCCAUGGACUGUCUAGAUGAAGCGAGGAGGGCGGAGCAUCGCGACAGGCUGUAUGAUGUUGGGUUUGACGCGGGCUAG